AAGCCGGAAGCGGAAGUGGCGCAUUCCGCGUGCCUUCCGCGCAGGCAUGGCCGGUGGUGCGGAGGCAGCGAAGUUGGUCGCUGAAAUCAGCCGGCGGGAGCAGGAGCUACGCGGCUUGCGGGAGCGGCUGGCUGCCGUCCUCGCCGAGGGUACCGUGGGCGACGAUGGAGCCGUUGCGGCCUCUGAAGGGUGGGCCGCCGCCCUUUCCGGCGAGCUGCCCCCUCUGCCCGCCCAGGCCUCUCUGAGCCUCGCCGAUAUUCUGCGGUACAGCCGGCAGCUGGUGCUGCCUGAGCUGGGCGUGCGGGGGCAGCUGCUUCUGGCUCGUUCCUCCGUGCUUGUGGUGGGCUGUGGCGGCCUGGGCUGCCCCCUCGCCCAGUACUUGGCUGCGGCCGGUGUCGGCCGGCUGGGUCUGGUGGAUCACGACGUGGUGGAGACGAGCAACCUGCACCGGCAGGUGCUGCACGGGGAGGCUCGCCGAGGACUCCCCAAGGCCAUAUCUGCCGCGGCAGCUUUGCGGCUGCUGAACUCCACCGUGCAGUACGUACCCUACUGUGGUGCCCUGAGCCCUCUCACUGCCCUAGAACUGGUGCGGCAGUACGAUGUCAUCGCCGACUGCUCUGACAACGUCCCCACCAGGUAUUUGGUGAAUGACGCCUGUGUCCUGGCCGGGAAACCCCUGGUGUCUGGCAGUGCCCUCCGGCUGGAGGGGCAGCUAGUUGUCUACAACUACCAGGGAGGGCCCUGCUACAGGUGUCUCUUCCCCAAACCUCCUCCACCAGAGACAGUGACUAACUGUGCAGAUGGGGGAGUGCUGGGUGUUGUGCCAGGCAUCAUGGGCUGCAUCCAGGCCUUGGAAGUGCUAAAGAUUGCUUCUGGGAUGGGUUCCUCUUUCAAUCAGUUCAUGCUGAUGUUUGAUGCCCUCGAAGGGAGAUUUCGCAACAUCAAGUUAAGAUCAAAGAAACCAGACUGUGCUGUUUGUGGUGACAAUCCAUCUGUCACCUGCCUUCAGGAUUAUGAAGCCUUUUGUGGUUCUUCUGCAACAGACAAGUGUAGAACUUUACAUCUGCUGUCCAGCAAAGACAGGAUAUCUGUAGAGGAAUACAAAAAACUCUUGGAUGAGCAAGUUCCUCACAUCUUGUUAGAUGUUCGUCCUCAGGUAGAAGUGGAUAUCUGUCGCCUGGUACAUGCCAUUCACAUUCCUUUGAGUAAAUUAGAAGAAAAAGAUGAAGAAUGCCUGGAAUAUUUGGAAAGAGUAAUUUGUGAAGAAAAACAGAGAACUAAUGGCCAGACAUCUUUUCCUGUAUAUGUUGUUUGCAAAUUAGGAAAUGACUCUCAAAAGGCUGUGAGGAUUCUGCAGGAGUUACCUGUCGAAGAAUUUGGUUCUUUGCUAGCUAAGGAUAUUAAAGGGGGACUUAUGGCUUGGGCCACUAAAAUUGACCCAACAUUUCCUCAGUAUUAGAUUUAAAUGGUGAAAAAAGUACAAAUUUUCAUACAGUUUCAUCCUCUCUCUUUAAUGACAAUAUGUGGCUAACAGGAGAAAGAUGUACUUGACAGAUGUGACUCAAUGAUCUCUGGAAGUCCCUGUUGGUUUGAUUAUUUUUUUUUUUUUCAAUGGUAAUCUUUGUGUGUUUUUUUUUCCCAGAAAAUAUAUUUUUGUAGACAUCUUGUUUUUAUAAAAAUGUGGAACUCUGUGAAAUGGAAAGAUAUGUUUCUUGGUUAUUUAGUAGUCAAAAGUUAGAAUACCUACUUAAUUGCACAUGUGAUUGUGGAGAAUGAGCCCUUAUUAAUAGUUAUAGCCUGCAUAUUGAUACUGCACUGGAGUCAAGGGUUGAAAGUUUUAACUCAUUCUCUUUAACUGCCUAACAAAGAGAAACAGUGAUUUUAAAAAUAGACCUGCUAGUCUCUAGCCAUUCAAUAGCACUUUAGCCUGUCAUAGGGAAUUGCCAAGACAGUGUUGACAAGAUUGUUUUGGUCCACAGUUUGUAGCUCAUUGUGCAUUUAUGGGUGAGAUGGGCUCACUGCAGAUGACAGCACCUAUAGCAAGGGUGUUCUGUUAAGGACUUGCAGGGCCAUCCAUUGUUGGCUGGCAAAACUGUCCAUUCUCCACUUUCUAUGGAGAAACUGAGGCUAAAUGUUAGCAAGACCUGAAUUUGAGCACAGAUAGUUUGUAAAACAUACAGAAAAUGCUUCUGUAAGGGCUUAAGAGAUUCCAGAGAUUGAGAGCUGAAGAUGUGAGAGAGAAAAAAAUUGAGAUAUGUUCUUCUUUCUGCAAGUGCAAAGAUGUAAUUGAUAAGUUUUCUCUGUAUUUUGGUAGCUGCAUAUCCUCCAUUGUGCUGCAUUGUUCUGUUAACUGGCGUGAAGAGCUGUGCAGAUCUAAAAAGUUCUCCUUGACUAAAUGAAAAGAAAAAGAAAUAAAAAGCUUCUCAACAGA